AUGCAGCCGCUUCGCCAAUUGAGCGGUCGCACUGGGAUGCAAUUGCGCCGCUCCAUCAUUCAAGCAUGUCGCUCGCAACAGUUUACUCGCUCUCUGGUCAAUGGUCCCGUACGCCGUGAACUGUUGCAGCGCAUGCCGGCGCCAUCAUGUCUUGCAACACCCGCCAUCAUCCGUCAAUUGAACCACGUCCGUCGCCAAAGCACAAACACCGACCCUCCGCCAAAGUCUCCCGCCGCUUCUCCCGUACAAAGAUCCCGUCUUCUCCGUUUCCUUUGGCGAGGCUUCACCUUCCUCGGCAUCUUCGUUGUCGUCUCUGGUGUCUUUGUUGUCGCCUUCUUCGCCUUUGAUGCAACCACAUACAAGGAAGAAUCCGACACGAUCGAUAUUACCGUCUCUGAACUCGCCCUGAACCCUAGAAGAGGAGGUCCCAAGAACCUGCCCAUUGCUGAACACCUCAUCGACGAUGACGACUCUCCCGAAAAGAAGGCUCAAAAGCACAAGCCCAAGCUGGUCAUCCUCGGUACUGGUUGGGGCAGUGUUGCUCUUCUCAAGCAGCUCAACCCUGAUGACUACCACGUCACUGUCGUCUCACCGUCCAACUACUUCUUGUUUACUCCUAUGCUUCCUUCUGCCACUGUCGGUACUCUUGAAUUGAGAUCGCUUGUCGAGCCUGUCCGUAGAAUCAUUUCUCGCGUCAAGGGUCAUUUCCUCAAGGCCACUGCCGAAGACGUUGACUUCUCCAACAAGCUCGUCGAAGUGUCUGCGACCAACCCGGAUGGCACCAAGCAAAACUUCUACCUGCCCUACGAUAAGCUCGUCAUCGGUGUCGGCUCCAUGACCAACCCUCACGGUGUCAAGGGUCUCGAAUACUGCAAUUUCCUCAAGGAUAUCACCGAUGCUCGUCUGAUCCGCAACCAAAUCGUUCGCAACCUCGAAGCCGCUUCUCUUCCUUCUACACCGGAUGAAGAGAGACGUCGUCUGCUGUCGUUUGUCGUGUGUGGAGGUGGUCCCACUGGUGUCGAAUUCGCCGCCGAAUUGUUCGAUAUGCUCAACGAGGAUCUUUGCAACUACUAUCCUCGCAUCCUCAGAAACGAAAUUUCAGUCCACGUCAUUCAGAGCAGAGGUCACAUUCUCAACACCUACGACGAAACCCUCUCCAAAUAUGCCGAGGCUCGCUUCGCAAAGGACUCUGUCGAUAUUCUGACCAACUCGCGUGUCAAGGAGGUACAAAAGGACAAGAUUCUCUUCACACAAAAGGAUGAGAAUGGCAACACCAUCACCAAGGAAAUCCCCAUGGGCUUCUGCUUGUGGUCGACCGGCGUCGCUCAGACUGAAUUCUCAAAGAAGCUGGCCGACAAGCUUGGUGAGAAUCAGACCAACCGUCACGCUCUCGAGACCGACACUCAUCUCCGUCUUGUUGGUGCACCUCUUGGCGACGUCUACGCUAUUGGCGACUGCUCGACCGUUCAAAACAACGUCUCGGAUCACAUUGUGUCAUUCUUGCGUACCGUUGCUUGGGAGAAGGGCAAGGACCCUGAGAAGAUGAUUAUCGGUUAUGGUGAUUGGAGAGGUGUUGCCAGACGUGUCAAGCAGCGUUUCCCUCAAGCCGCCGAGCACUUGAAGCGUCUGGAUAAGCUUUUCGAACAAUACGACAAGGACAAGAGUGGUACCCUGGAUUUCGGUGAAUUGCAGGAAUUGCUCAAGCAGAUUGACGGCAAGAUGACCUCGCUUCCUGCAACAGCACAGCGUGCCAACCAGCAGGGUAUCUACUUGGGUCGCAAGUUCAACAAGCUCUCUCAAGCUGCUCCCGGUAUGGAGUUGAACAGACUUGACUAUGGUGAUAUUGAUGAUGCCGUCUACAAGGCUUUCUCAUACACCAACAUGGGAAGUCUGGCUUAUGUUGGAAAUGCCGCCAUUUUCGACUUUGGUGGCAUGAACUUUGCCGGUGGUCUGGUGGCAGUGUACCUUUGGCGUGCAGUUUACUUUUCACAGAGUGUCAGUCUCCGUACGAGAAUUCUCCUUGCCAUGGAUUGGACCAAGAGGGCACUAUUCGGCAGAGAUCUCAUGAACUUCUAG